AUGUACUUCACAGUUCUACGCGUGGAGCUUAUUCUGCGGUUCUUCUGCGCCAGAAGCCGUACCAACGGUGAAUUUACUGUUCGCUACAAAGUUAUAAGUCACCCGCAAUUCAACAAGCUGUCCUUCGAUGUGGUCUGUCUAUUGGGAUCGUCAUACCGGCGAAGCGGCCGAAACCUCGGACGCGCGGGGUGUCACAAGGGAGAUCCAGUACAUCCAGCAUUGACAGCAUUCAGAACCGCAGUCAUAUAUGACGACCUUGACUUGAAGUGCAUCAAUGAAGGCAGAGUUGAUCCCGAGCAUGACAUUAGAUGGGUUUUCUGCGCUCUUUCCAUCAAUGACUUUCUAGCGUCCUGUGCUCUUGGAACACUUUUUGACAAGGGUGACAUCUACAACCUCUGGGGAUAUGGAGAAGAUAUGCGGACGUUGAAAAAAGGUUCUCCAGACGGCCACUUGCCUUCUCCGCCACCAAAUUUGAAUCAGAAGACAUCCACAGGAUCGCAAUCUAUUGCUGGGAGUGUUGUCCUUGAAGAGGUGAAGAGGGACGCUGGUACGAGCGAUGCGGUCAAGUCGCUACGUCAAGACGACCUCUAUGAUCAUGGGUAUCUUUACAAGAUUUGCCUCAACAUCGACUUGUAUGAGGUGUAG